AUGAGCGAAUCAAAUAUUGAGAUUGACGAGCAAGAUCAACUUCGUCAAAAACUGCUCUGGAAUGUCAAACGAGAAGUCAAACAAAUGAUGGAAGAAGCAGUUAUGAAAAAAUGCAUACACGAAGAAAAUUGUAGUAUAACAACGUUUUCCAGUAGGAAUCGACCCGUUCUUGAUUUAUGUUUCUUCUACGUUUGCAAUGAUUUAGGUGCAGUUGAAGCAUGUCUUCUACACGGCUUGAAAAGACGAGCAGUCGGCCUGUUCAAAACGAGCACCACAAUGGCACUAUUACAAAAAAUCGCCAAAUCUUGUCCGUCGGCAACAGAAGUUGUGAAACUUGUUGAUAACGAUAAUCGUUACAGUGAAGAAUCAACUAAUUUAUUCAGCUUUUCAAAGAAAUUAGCUAACAGUGAAGAAAUUCAACAUCGAUCGAUUCGAUCUGCUGUAUAUAAUCGUUAUUUAUGGAUUCGAACGGCACUUAUCCAUCGAUCUCUUCAUACAAUCGUCGAAUACAUUGUGAAUAACAGCUCAAAAUACUACGAACCAUACGCACUGGUUUGCAAUUCUGUUCAAGGUCCAAUUCUCGCUUCAUUACUUGUGGGUCCAUGUGCAUUGGAGUUUACAGGAGUCAAAACAUCCGAUCAUCUUUGGACAGAUCCGCAUGCCAAUGAACUUGUCCAACGACAUCGAAUGCAUAGCGGAAAUCGAACAGUAUCAAGUUCGACAGCUAUGAUGAUCAAUGUUCAUGAUCCUCACUCACCAAAAUAUCGACCAAGUUUACAAAUCAAUUUGAAACGUCAUGCAAGUUCAUCGAGUGAAGAUAAUCAACGAAAUAAUCGAUCUAUGUCGAUAGCAACGAAUACAGGCAAAGAAUACGUCGAAUCAUUGCAUCAGAAUGCUAAAUCGCAACUGAUCUACGGGAAAAACAAUGUUCUUGUUCAACCGAUUCUGGGCCAUGACCCAAUUCCUGGUUACCUUUCGUUACAUUUGACACAAGACGGUAUGGCAUUAAAAUGGACACCAAAUCAACUAAUGAAUGGAACAAAAGCAUCGAAGGAGAACUGUCAAGAUCCAAGCUCCGUCGACAGUAAUACUACAGCCGAUCCACCGAAACGAAAUAGCAUCCUCUGGGAUUACGCAAUCUCCGUGAACAUGUCUUCAAUUGUCUAUCUCCAUUGUCAUCAUCAUGCUGACGGCGAUCGAAUUGUUCUUGUUGGUCGUGAUGGUGUUCAAUAUCCUCCAUUACAUAUCAAAGAUAAAGGCGGCCAUCUAUUAGCGUUUCUGUCUUGUCUGGAAAGUGGUCUUGCGCCGCAUGGUCAACUUGAUCCGCCGUUAUGGUUUGAAAAGGAACANAUUUUAGAAGUCAUGACUUAUAGUUGCUUUUGUCAUGUAAUGAAACGUUUGUUGCCAAAUUUUCCACAUGGCACCGGCAUGGAUGAACAUUUCGGACAUAUGCGUUCAUUAUUACAAAUCCUUGAUUUCGAACUCUACGAACACAUCCACCGCACAGGAGAUUUUACUCAUUUUUAUUUCUGUUAUCGAUGGUUUUUACUUGACUUCAAACGCGAAUAUGUUUAUGAUGACAUAUUUUUAAUAUGGGAAACUAUAACUGCUGCACGACGUACGGUUUCUCGACGAUUUGCUUUGUUCAUCGCAUUAGCAAUGAUGAAAUCAUACCGAGACAUUAUCUUAGAUAAUCGAAUGGAUUUUACCGAUAUCAUCAAAUUUUUCAAUGAAAUGGCUGAACGACAUGACGCGCAAGAAAUUCUUCAUGGAGUAAAGAAGAAAUAUACUGAAAAUGUAAAUGCAGCAAAUGAUGGAGUUUCCUGCAGCAAAGAAAAAACAACUGUAAAUCAAUAUUCUCAACAGAUAAGAAUGCUAUGCUGUUCUAUUCGACGUCGCAAUUUAUGUAAUAUGUAUCAACGAUUAACACGAAAUCUUUGGCUUAUUUCACUAGUUUUGACCGUAAUCAUACUCAGUUUUUCUACGCUUUUUUCCAAAUAUCCAAUUUUUUCGCAAACAUGUCUAACGAAAUCCAUUGGUACGAGUGAUGUUCAAACAAACAACCGUAAUGUUUCGUCGUCUAAACCGGCAAUAUUUAUUGGUGGUAUGCCACGAAGUGGUACCACGUUGAUGCGUGCAAUUCUUGAUUCACAUCCGCUUAUCAGAUGUGGAGAAGAGACGAGAGUUAUACCGAGAAUAUUAAGUAUGAGAGCUGCAUGGAAAAAGUCGCCUGUUGAAUGGAAUCGACUUAUAGCUGGUGGUAUGACGGAAGCUAUUCUCGACUCUGCCGUUCGGGCGUUCGUUUACGAAAUUCUACUUCAUCAUAGUCUAUCAGCGGAUAUUCUUUGUGAUAAAGAUCCCUUUGUUCUCAAAUAUGCGACAUAUGUUGCGUCUAUAUUUCCAAAUUCGAAAUUUCUUCUUCUAAUACGUGAUGCACGCGCUGUGAUACAUUCCGUGAUGACACGCAAAGUGACGAUAACUGGUUUUAGUCAAACUGAUUAUCGACAAAAUUUGAAAAUGUGGAAUAAAGGAAUUGAAACCAUGUUUCAACAAUGUCAACAGAUUGGUCGCAAUCGAUGCAUGAUGGUCUAUUAUGAACAACUUGUGCUUCAACCGAAAAAAUCAAUCGAAAAUAUAUUGAAAUUCCUAGAUGUUCCCUGGGUUGAUAGCGUUCUUCAUCAUGAAGAAUUAAUUGGAAAGAAAAUUUCAUUGUCGAAAACGGAACACUCAUCCGAUCAAGUAAUCAAACCGAUUAAUCUAGAAGCGUUGACGAAAUGGUUUGGUCAUGUACCGAAUGAUGUUCGACAAGAACUAGAUGCAUUAGCACCAAUGUUAAAGAGACUCGGCUAUGAUACAAAGUCGAAUACACCAUGGUACGGUACCGGUGAUUCACUUGUACUGGCAAAUAUGGAAAGAAUGAAAGAAAAUGCUGACUUUUGGAAGCAGAAAGUAAAGGCUUAUGCACGACAGUUACCUAAUAACACAAAUUUGUUUCAGAAGAUAUCAUAA